AUGACCGAACUGAGUGCGAGAGAUUAUAUCUCCCAGCAGGAGGCUCUUGAGCAAGAAGCACGGGAGUUGAUGCCGUGGGACCCUACAACAUGUACUUAUAGUAUGGGUGCACUUCGGCAACCAAUUUUUGCAUGCAGGACAUGUGGAAAUAUUGGAGUGUGUUAUUCUUGCUCUAUACAAUGUCAUACAGAAUGCGACCUUGUCGAAUUAUUUGAAAAGAGGAAUUUUAGCUGCGAUUGCGGUACGGAGAGGCAAGUUUCCGAAUUGAAGACAUGCCAACUACGAAAGAAUACUACUCCUGAUAUCCCAGACUAUUCUAAUAGGUACGGGCAGAAUUUUAGAGGUUUAUUUUGCAGCUGCCAUAGUGAAUAUGAUCCAAGUUCAAGUAUGGUUAUGGUACAGUGCCUGUUGGGGCUGGAAUGUAAUGAAGACUGGUACCAUGACUACUGCGUAUUGGGCUGUUCCGAAAAUCCAAGUGGUGAGAGAACGAAUGGUACUCUUGCUGGUUUUCCAGCCUUGGAUACCUUUGGCUCUUUCAUUUGCUGGAAAUGCGUUAGCAAGUACCAGGCCCAAUUCGAGCGCAUUUUAUGUCACGAGCGAAGCACUGAGUUAGUCGCUCAUAUUGUAAAACAUGUUGCAUCGUCAACAAUUAAAGAUCGCGAAGAGAUCCUAACUAAGAAGAGUUCUGGUGCAAAGCGUAAGCGAGAUGAUGAUUUUCCCUUCUGUAUCUUCCUUAAGGAAGGCCACAUUAACGUCUUGAAGUCCAUCAAGCAAUCACUUGAGGAGGGGGACAAAUUAUUCACCUUUUUGGCAGAUAUUGCACCAUUUUUGGUCAAUGAGGAAUCUUCAUAUGAACCACCCGAAGAUACUGAUCCUGUUACCACUUACGAAGCAGCUUCUCGUGUUCUCAAUACGGUGGACAACGAAAUAGUAAUGAACGGAGCACUAGCCUACCAUGCUAUAAAAUCAAAGCUAUCAGACUUUCUCAAGCCAUUUGCUGAAACAGGUAGGAUUGUUAAGGAGGAAGACAUCAAAUCAUUCUUUGAAGCGCAAAAUAAAACUACUUAA